CAUAAGCGAGAGAGCGUGCGCUGUGGGGGAAGUAGGUCAGUCAGACUGAGCAUCGCUAACUAACUCAGCUACCCUGAGAUCCUUUCAGCCCCCUGAAGAGAAAGCGCUCUGAGCGUCAUGGAGAAGAAGAAGACCAUAAACUUCGGCGCAGGACCUGCAAAACUCCCGCCUUCUGUCUUACUUCAAGCUCAAAAGGAAUUGUUGGAUUACAACAACAUUGGGAUUAGUGUUCUUGAAAUGAGCCACAGGUCAGCAGAUUUCUCCAAGAUCAUAAACACCACAGAAAACCUUCUUCGAGAACUCCUGAAUAUACCUGAAAACUACAAAGUGUUGUUUCUUCAAGGCGGUGGGUCAGGGCAGUUCAGUGCUGUGCCUCUGAACCUGAUUGGUCUGAAGGAGGACAGAUGUGCGGAUUAUGUGGUGACUGGAGCUUGGUCUGCAAAGGCUGCAAAAGAGGCAGAGAAGUAUGGCCAAAUCAACGUGGUUCACCCCAAACUGGACAAAUACACCAGCAUCCCAGAUAACAGUGGUUGGUCACUGAAUCCCUCAGCAUCCUAUGUCUACUACUGCUGCAAUGAAACAGUGCAUGGUGUUGAGUUUAACUUCAUUCCUGAUUCCAAGGACGUGAUUCUUGUCAGUGACAUGUCUUCAAAUUUCCUGUCCCGGCCAGUAGACGUGUCAAAGUUUGGACUCAUAUUUGCAGGAGCACAGAAGAACAUUGGAUGUGCUGGAGUCACUGUUGUCAUUGUGAGGGAGGAUCUGUUGGGAAAAGCUUGUAAGGAGUGUCCAGUUGUACUGGAUUAUCAAGUACAAGCUGGGAAUAACUCCCUGUAUAACACACCUCCCUGCUUCAGCAUCUACGUUAUGAACCUGGUUUUGGAAUGGAUCAAGAAUAACGGUGGCACAGAAGCCAUGGAGAAACUCAGCAAACAGAAGUCUUCUUUGAUCUACGACGUAAUCAACAACUCUGGUGGAUUUUACUCAUGCCCUGUUAAUGAGGACUGCCGGAGCCGUAUGAACAUUCCAUUCCGAAUUGGACGUAAGGAAGGAGAUGAAGCUCUUGAAAAGCUGUUUCUGGAUGGGGCUUCUAAACUUGGAAUGAUUUCAUUAAAAGGACACAGAUCUGUUGGUGGAAUACGAGCGUCUCUGUACAACGCGGUGACUUUGGAAGACACCCAAAUUCUCACUGCCUAUAUGAAGCAGUUUCUAAAGGAACAUCAGCCCAGUGAACUGAAGAACUAGAGGAGAUCAUGUUUCCAAGUUACCUCAACCAACACUUACACUGAUUUAAUUAGAAGUAGAUAUCAUCUUUAUGCAUUAAGACUGACUGUAGCAACAGAUUCUAAGGCAUUAUAUAUUAUUUCAACAAUACAUUAACAUAUGUGAACUUGUGUCCAGAAUAGCUGCGUUUAUUACACUCAAUCAUUGAACUUAGUGUUUUAGUUGGUAACUAAGUAUGUUUAUUUUCUUAUAUACUUAUAAUACUACUACUACUACUAAUAAUAAUAAUAAUAAUAAUAAUAAUAAUGUGCCUUAACAUAAAUAUGAAUGUGUAUGUAUGACCAUCUUUGUGUCAAUAGGCAUUUUAUAAAGACAUUUGUACAGUAGAUAUUGUGUGUUUAACAAAAGAAAGUUAACUAAGAAAAAAAAAAGUAGAAACUAAAGUGGCUGAUUAAUUCUUCAUUCUUGUGUUUGAUUUUCUGACCUUUUUUCUUUUUCUUUUUUUUUUGCAAAAUGUCACCAAAUAAAGCACACAAUUACAGCACACAUUGCAUCACCACUAUUUAGCGUGUUGGGACGUUCUGACAAAAUACUCACUAAACCAAUUUGUUACGACGACUACAUUCCUCCUUUGGUGGGUGAAUUGAUGGAUGUAAUUGUCACAUUUCUGCAGAUGUUUCAGAACAUUUUAAUGCUGUUAAUCUCUUGUUCUUCCACAUCUCAAUGUUGUGUUAAAUUUAGGUUUUUUAUUUUGUCAUGCUGCCUAUUAUCAUACUGGAAGUAGUCGUAUUUACAUGAUAAACCGUUUCCAUAAAGGGAUGAAUUGUGUUAAAUGUAUUUUGCAUUCUGUAAUGCUUUUAGUUUUUCUGUCAACCAGAACUAUUGACCACUCUUAAUGUGUUCUUGAAUACUGAAUGCUUAGUUCUUUAUUACGCUAUUGUGAGUAAACUUUACAGAUUGUUAGCAUAAAAAUUCCAAGAUGUUGGCAGUUCUAGAAAUGCAUGUCAGCCCAUCUCACACCAGCAAGCACACUUACCUCAAAAUCAUAAAUCACAUAUUUUUUGCCUCAUUCUGGCAUUUAAUUUGAACCUUUCCUAAGAUGCUGUCCUAUAGCUAAGUGAAUGUAUAAACUGUUAUUACUAUUAGUUUAGAAGUUACUCAAACUUUUUAUUGAUUUUUACUCUCAAGCAAUCAAGAAAAAAAAAUAUUCAAAUAAACACUAUUCCACAUAUACUACAACUAA